UAAGUAUUUAAUUUAGUUGCUUACAAAAUUUACUAAAUAGGCAGCAUAAUAUUUUUCGAUAUUAAACUCUAUAAAAUGAAAGAUAUUUUAUUAUUGAUCUUGUGGAGCUUUAUAAUCGCCCUUACCCUUCAACUUCAGACGAAUGAUGAUAAUCGGACAGAGUUAACAAGUCUCAAUAAUGAUGAACCAAAUAUUGUAGAAAAUGAUUAUUUUUUCGAUUCCCUAAUAAUACUUGACGAAAAUAAAACCAUGGCUUCAAUAGUGCGAAGCACUAACGGAAGUUGUCUUUGUGGACUAUGUUAUCGGUGUAACAAUGGAUCAGUUAACACUCCCGAAUUGACGGACUAUGUUGAAAGAAACGACACUGAUGGUUUAUGUAGAAGAUUGAUAAAACUUUGUUGCAAAUAAAUUGUCUAAUUUAGGAUAUACAGGGUCCGGCAAUAGUGUGUCGGGCAUCUGUAGCUCCUAGAAUAAACAACUUGAGAAUUUUGUUUAAGUGCAAACCUGAAGUA